CGCAUCCGAACGAUCCGAACGCCGCUUUUUUCAAGCUGUCAAUUUGUAUUUAGAAAAACUUUCGCCAGACUUGCUUCUUUCUGCUUCCCCGCGAUCGAAAUUGAAAUUAAUAUCGCUAGCUACUAUAGAGGAGCCCUCGAGGGCAGAAAAAACACCCAGCGGAAUUUCCGCCAUUUCGUGUAGCCUGCAGCGGAGGAAUAGCCGUGAAAGUGCCGUCGAAACCCGGUAGGAAUUAGGUACAACUCCACCACAGUGCUUCCGAGCAGCGGCUGGAGAAAAAGAGCUUUUGUGUGUGGUGAUUUUUGUCGUUGGUUCGGAAGCGAGGACCCAUAUUGGUCCGUUGUCCUGUGCGUUUUCUUUAUGGAAAAUUUGUAAGAGUUCCCCAACAGUGGAAUCGUGUCACAGAAACAGCUCUUGAAUCAACCGGGACGUUUUCUUCGCAAAUUCAGCAUAUCGUACAGUUGUAGAUUUUUUUUAACCAGAUUUCGUAAUGUUUUAAAAACAAUCCGCAUAGCGCAAUGCGAACCAAAAAAACGGUUCGGCCAUCACAGUCUUCAUCCUCGUCCUCUGAGGUUGAGGAUAAAUCAUCCCCUGCCAAAACCACUGCAGAUCAGUCUGACAACGAUGAAAAUCGGAUCAGUGCAGAGGACAAAACCCCGGAGAAGUAUCAACCCGCCCUCAAUGGAUCGGUAAAACCAGAAACAGACGAAGACAAAACAACCAAUGGCGACGAUGAUCACGCAACCACAGAAGAGAAAGAGUCAGGCUCGAAGCCUGACGGCCCGAAAUUGCUUCGACUUGUGUCGAUCGAAAAGCUUAUGCGACCCAGUUUACUGAAUAGCGAGCCACCUGCGAAGGAUGGGUCAAAAUCAAAACAAACCGAUAAAACCCUUAAACGUUCGAAGGAUGCAAGUAUAAUUGAAAUCAGCGACAGUGAUGAGGGGGAAGAACCACAGCCCAAACGAUCGAAUAACCAAGAUUCGUCGGUUCAGCAGAUUCUUAGUGAUGACAGUGAGGAUGAAAUUAUCGCAAUUAAGCGGAAACCCAAACAAGCUAAAGCCAAGAGUGUCAAAGUGAUAAGCGACGAUGAUGCAGAACCGGAUGCUAAACAGAAAUCAAAUUCCGAACCUGAAAAUAAACAAGCUAAGACCAAGAGUGUCAAAUUAUCGAGCGACGACGAUGAUGAAGAACCGGUCGCUAAACAGAAAAAAGGCUCUGUAUCUAAAAAUAAAGAACAGACUAAGACCAAGAGUGUCAGAGUGUCAAGCGACGAUGAUGAAGAACCGGUCGCUAAGCAGGAAAGAAGCUCCAAACGUGAACAUAAACGGGAUCGAUCGAGCAAGGUUCCGAAACAGUGCAAGCAGGUUUGUGUCCGUGUUUGCAAGCUUCCAUUCGAUCUGACGUCGAUCAAGGAGCAACACAUGUUGAGUGAAAUUUUGGACACAAAGAAUCGGGACAUUUCCGAGUUCAAGUCUAACUCGAAUUUCUACGGUUAUUUGUGCCGUAAACGAGGUCAUAUGCGAGGAGCAGAAGCAAGCAAGUCGAAGUUGAAAAGUACCAGUAAGAAUAGUGACAGUAAAAAGGGUUCAGUGUCAAGUGGAAGCGACUCGGACGAACCGAUCGCUAGUAUCAUUUUGAAAUCAGACAUUCCCAAAAAUAAGACUAUGUCCAAGCGACCAACCCGUUCGAAACAACAGCUUAGCGGAAGCGAUGAUGACGAUGAGAGCGAUGAUGACUUCCAAGCUAGUACCAAGACUAAAUCAGCGGCGUCUGUCAGACAGCGACGACUUGCUAACCGCAAAACAAAGGUCUCGAAGAACUCGUCCGAUGAUGACGAUGACGACGGCGACGAUGACGAGAAAAGUGAUAAAUCUAGUGGGUCAGACUUCGAAAAGGAAAUCCCUCAACCGAAAAAGAAACGGUCACGCAUUAAACGAAAUUCGUCUUCAUCGUCAGAUGACGAGGGCAAUGAUAAGAAACGGCGUAAACGCAUCAAGAAGAACUCUGACAGCGAUGAUGACGAAUCCCCCACCAAGGGUCGUAAGAACAUUCGUAAGGUACUGAAGAAGUCUGCCCUUGAGCAAACGACUAAAGAGGCUGAACUGGAGGAACGCGAACGCAAGCAGCGAAUCGCCGAGCGGCAAAAGCUUUACAACCAGGUAUACGACGAAAAGCCAGAAGAAAUCAAAGAGCUCACUCAGUUAGUGCUGGACUUUGAUGAAGAAACCAAGGAACCCCUGCUGGAAGUGGAUAAAUAUCUGGUGAAAAAACUCAAACCUCACCAGGCCAAUGGGGUGAAGUUUAUGUUUGACGCAUGCUAUGAGAGCUUGGAGAGAACCCGGAACAGCAAAGGCUCCGGUUGCAUUUUGGCACACUGCAUGGGUCUCGGUAAAACGCUUCAAGUUGUAACUUUAGCUCACACGCUGCUUGCAAACUCGGAGGUGACCGGAGUUGAGCGCGUACUGGUAGUGUGCCCACUGUCGACCGUACUGAACUGGGUGAACGAGUUUCGAAUCUGGAUGAAACACGUCAAGAAGGGAACGGAAGUGGAAGUUUUUGAAAUCUCUAAAUAUAAAAACAACAUCAUCCGCGCCAAUCAGUUGAUGGAAUGGCACAACGAGGGAGGUGUGAUGAUACUCGGCUACGACAUGUUUAGAAAUCUCUCCAAUCAAACAACCGGUCGAAUUAAAAAGAAGGUACGCGAGUCGCUGCAAACUUCGCUAAUCGAUCCUGGACCUGAUUUGAUCAUCUGCGACGAAGGCCAUCUGCUGAAGAACGAAAAAACUUCUCUCUCCAAAGCCGUCAAUCGCAUCAAAACGCUAAGGCGCGUUGUGCUGACCGGAACACCGAUUCAGAACAACAUGAAGGAGUACUAUUGUAUGGUGCAGUUCGUCAAACCGAAGCUUCUGGGCACGUAUAAUGAGUACAUGAAUCGGUUCGUCAAUCCUAUCACCAACGGUCAGUACACGGAUUCGACACCGUACGAUAUUCAGCUGAUGCGAAGGCGAGCUCACGUUCUACACAAGCUGCUGGACGGGUGCGUGCAGCGGAGGGAUUACGCGGUGCUGGCACCCUUUUUGCCACCGAAGUUGGAAUUUGUGGUAUCGAUCAAGCUGACGACUCUUCAGUGCACGCUAUAUAAGUACUACAUGGAAACCCAAGCACGACGGCAGAGCGAUGAAACCAAACGGGCUUCGGUGUUGUUCUCUGAUUUCCAAAAUCUUCAACGAAUCUGGACGCAUCCUAGGGUUCUUCGGUAUAACAGCGAUCGGUACGAGUACAUGCAGCAGAAAAAGCGUGAUAUGGCCUCGGACGAAGAAUCGCUAGGCUCCAUGAAGGAUUUUCUGGAUGAUGAGAGCGAAGCGGAUACCACACCGAAUGAGUCGUCUGAUGAUGGUUCGGACUGCGGAAGCAACAGUGACAACAGUGGUGCUAGUCACAAGAAGAGUAAGAAAAACAAAAAAGGGGAUGAGACUGCAACGACGGCCGCCGCCUCGGCGCGUCGUACAAGGAAUAAUCCUGGCGAUGCCGUACUGAGCGAUAUCGUCGAUGAGACGGAGCAGAAAAACGAGAACCCAACCGAGUGGUGGAUGUCCAUGUGUCCAGAGGAAGAGCUAGACAAUUUGGAGCAUUCAGGCAAGCUGCAGGUGCUAUUUGAAAUUCUUCGCGAGUGCGAAAACAUUGGUGAUAAACUGCUUGUCUUCUCGCAAUCGUUGUACUCGCUGGACGUGAUUGAACAUUUUCUGGCUCUAGUGGAUGAAAAUACACAGAAGGACGAUGACGACCGGAAUGCCGAGCUGGACAAGUACCGAGGCUCGUGGUCACUGGGAUUAGAUUAUUUCCGGUUGGAUGGUUCAACGACGAUUGAAAAUCGUAGCGCGUCUUGCAAGGUUUUUAAUGACGAGAAGAAUUCGAGGGCUCGGCUGUUCCUGAUUUCAACCCGGGCGGGUGGUUUGGGUAUUAACUUGGUAGCAGCAAACCGUGUGGUGAUUUUCGACGUCUCGUGGAAUCCCUCCCAUGAUAUUCAAAGUAUUUUUAGGGUUUACCGUUUUGGUCAAAAUAAGCCCUGCUAUGUGUAUCGAUUUUUGGCGAUGGGUACGAUGGAAGAGAAAAUCUACGAACGGCAGGUUACGAAACAAGCGAUCUCCAAACGAGUGAUUGACGAGCAGCAGAUCGAUCGCCAUUACAAGGAGAACGAUCUGCAGGAGCUCUACCGGUAUGAUAACGUGGCCCCAGAAGAGCCCCGACCGACGCCAAAUUUGCCUAAGGAUCGGCUCUUCGCGGAGCUGUUGCAGAAGUUUGAUCCACUAAUCUAUAAGUAUCAUGAACAUGAUUCGCUGCUAGAGAAUAAGGAAGAGGAAACGUUGAACGAGGAAGAGCGAAAGGCUGCUUGGGAGGAGUUCGAGCAGGAAAAAAAUCGACCACCGGUGAUAAACUAUGGUACCGGUGUCGGGCUCGGAAUGGGCAUGGGUAUGGGAAUGGGAAUGGGAAUGGGAAUGAGAGCGAAUGGACCGGUAACUUCGAGCAACAUCUUUGGUUUCCGAAACGAUGUUCUGUUAAAGUUGCUCAACAUGAAAGCCCGGCAGGAUAAUCCCACCUUCAACGAUGCAAACAUAAGCGCGAUGAUCCCUUUCUUGAUGCAACAACUUGUGCGGCAAAUGAAAGAUGGUGAUUUAUCGAUGUACCAAAAUCUCUUGGAGCUCUACUAUCAGCUUGAGGCACCGUCCUACGCACCGAUGUCAAUGUAUAAUACGAUGAUGAUGCAGCAGCCAACGCUUCAACAGAUGCAACCGCAAAUGCAGCAGCCGGUUAUGAUGGCUACUAAUCAACCUGCCUAUAACAUGGCCCAAAUAGCAUACUUUCGCGAACAAGAGCAACAGCGCUACGGUCAACUCAGCGAACCCAGCAGCAGCGGCAUGAGCCGGAGUACGAUUAUUAGUGAGGCACAAAAGAAAUUCAUGAAUAAUCCAGUGGAAAUAGUAGAGCUAGACUAGGAUUAUCAAUAUGUGUAACUUAUUCUAGAAAAUUAACAUAGGUUGGAUGAAAAUGGCCCUACAACACUAUGUGUGUGUGUGUAGUGCGAGAUCGGUUCAUGUCAAGUGUAUUCCAUCAAAAUCGCCAACACACGGAAAUAAUACUUAGAGGAUCCGUAAAAGUG